AUGGACGAGAAAUACUUCAAGCUUGAUCCCAAAGACGCUGACCUCCUCAUUCUACGAGCAGAGGAAGGAGAUGAUUCCAGCAUGGACACCGAAUCCGCUGAAGACAGCAAAUCAUUGGAGCCAAGCGCGUCGUUCUCUCCUCAUAAACAUCAUCCACCCAGGAAUAUGGCCUUGUGGACAUGGAUCUCAUAUGUCUACAAUGUCCCAAAUACCCAUCUUCCAUCAUAUCACCAGGGCAAGGAGUCAGUUCAGAUCUGGGAUCUCCCAUACCCAAAGCAGUUAUCGACGAAAUCGAGAAGCAACAACAUGACCCCGUCGACUACGUCGUAUCAUCUCUCUACUCUGCACGGAAUUUAA